UGAAGAAUUCGCAAUUCACGCCGUUAGGUGGCUUUUGUCGGUGUUCUCAGCUGUGGUGGGUGUUUCAUUUGACGGCAUUUUUCCCGAUAUCUUUUUGUCGCCUUCUUUCAAAUUACAAAGAAUUAGCGACAUGAUUCGUUUUAUCCUUAUCCAAAAUCGUGCUGGAAAGACAAGAUUGGCAAAAUGGUACAUGAACUUUGACGACGAUGAAAAACAAAAACUUAUAGAAGAAGUGCAUGCCGUAGUCACGGUCCGAGAUGCUAAACACACUAACUUUGUUGAGUUUCGCAAUUUCAAAAUCAUAUACAGACGAUAUGCUGGUCUUUAUUUUUGCAUUUGUGUGGAUAUCAAUGAUAAUAAUUUGUGUUACCUUGAAGCCAUCCACAACUUCGUUGAGGUGUUGAAUGAAUAUUUUCACAAUGUGUGUGAACUGGACCUGGUCUUUAAUUUCUACAAGGUCUACAGCGUAGUUGAUGAAAUGUUUCUAGCAGGAGAAAUCAGAGAAACAAGUCAAACAAAGGUAUUGAAGCAACUUUUGAUGCUCAGUUCUCUGGAGUGAACUAUAUACAUUCUCAUUUAAAAAUUCCUUUAAACCCAUUCGAAUCGUUAGAUUGAUGUCUUGAUGAUCGUUCGUCUCUGUAUUUUUUUUUGUGUUGUUAUCCUGUACAAGAUGUUAAACUCA